ACAUCUUUGAACCAUCUGCAGGUCUUGCCAUAAGAUGGGAUCAGAUGCAUCCCAAAGACAGUCUGCAAUAAUUCAGAGAGGACUGAUCUAUACGUUUCCAUGGUCAGCCAGGGCAGUGAUCUUCAAAACUUCAAACUGCAGACUUUGACUACAUAGACAAGCAUAGGUCCCACCUGCUGUUGACCAUCAGAAACCUAUUCCCUGUUGGCUGUCGAUAGCGAUGCUACGUUUCUUCAGUCGUCGGAGCCGAAAGGGAAGGGCGGCAGAGAAAUCCCUCGGAGCGGCUGCUGCUGCUGCCACUGCCGCUCAUAAGCCAAAGCCUAGCAAACAUACGAUUCCGUGCAAAGUGCUCCUGCUAGAUGGCUCUGACCUCUCUGUUGAUUUACAUAAAAAGGCAAUUGGGCAUGAGCUCUUUGAGCAGGUGAUGUUCUCCUUGGAUCUCAUUGAGAAGGACUACUUUGGGCUCCAAUAUACAGAUGCAACAAAUGUACAGCAUUGGCUUGACCACACAAAGCCAGUCAAGAAGCAAGUGAGAAUUGGCCCACCAUACACCUUGAGACUGAAGGUCAAGUUCUAUUCAUCUGAGCCAAACAAUCUUCGAGAAGAAUUGACCAGGUAUCAGUUUUUCCUUCAGUUGAAGAAUGACAUUUUGUCUGGGAGGUUGGAGUGCCCACAUCAAACUGCUGUUGAGUUGGCUGCCAUAGCUCUCCAAUCCGAGCUGGGAGACUACGAAGAAGCUGUUCACACACCUGCUUUUGUGUCUGAGUUUCAUUUCAUCCCAAAUCAAACUGAGGAAUUUGAAGUUGAAGUCCUCGAACACUUCAAGAAGCUCAGGGGUCACACACCAGCCCAGGCAGAAUUGAAUUACCUCAACAAGGCUAAGUGGCUUGAAAUGUAUGGUGUGGACAUGCACACUGUCCUUGGCAAGGACAGCUGUGAGUAUUCCCUAGGUCUCACACCAACUGGCAUUCUUGUAUUUGAAGGAAUCCAAAAGAUUGGACUCUUCUUCUGGCCCAAAAUCACUCGUCUCGACUUCAAACGGAAAAAGCUGUCUCUCAUCGUCGUGGAAGACGACGACGAAGGGAAGGAACAGGAGCACACAUUUGUGUUCAGGCUGUACAACCCCAAAGCCUGCAAACACCUGUGGAAAUGUGCCGUGGAGCAUCAUGCAUUCUUCCGCUUGAAGGGUCCAGUGAGGGGAGCUCAGAGGCAGAGCUUCUUCCGAAUGGGCUCUCGGUUCAGGUACAGCGGACGGACGGAGUUCCAGACGACCCAGGCGUUACGGAUGAGACGCACCGUUCACUUCGAGAGGAGACCCAGCCAGCGGUUCGCCCGGCGACAGAGUCACGUCUUGCGAGAGAGACGACAACAGACCAUGGAGAACGGAGCGACUCCCUCCGUUUCUGCGGUCGUUGCUGCCUCUGUUGCCGUCCCGGAUGGAACCACGGCCAACCCUUCUGUGUCGGUGACCGAAGUGCAUGCCGAAUCGGAAACUAAGAAAAAGACCGAAUCCAGUUCGGCCGAGGAGAGACUGGACAACCUGAUCAAGAGCCUGAGCAAGGAGCCCCGAUCUGGGAAUGCCAACUUGGCCACGGCUGCCGAUUCCUCUUCGUCGGAAGUCCUCCCCUUGACGGCCCAUGGUCCAGCCGGAGAGGAAGGAGCUGAAGGGAACGGGAAGAGGGAUUCUUCGCCCCUGUUGCCGAAGAAGCCCCUCUUCGACUCCGUGCCGAAUAACACCCGAGACGCUGCGUCCAGUUCCAAGCCGAGGCCGCUGCCGCUCGACCAGAUCAAGUGCAACAUCCUGAAAGCCAAAAUCGAAGAGGAGAAGCAGAGGGAGCAGCUGACCAACAGUUUUGGAACCAAGCACUUCAUCAGCAAUGGGAUAUCCAGGGAGGAUGGCUCAACCACAAUUAAAUGUCGGGACAGGAUGAACAGGAUACCCAUGAUGCUGUAUUCCAGUGACACCUUCCCAAGGAACAAGAUAGGAGCCAAAGGGAGGGGGAACGGAGAAGCUCACGAAGUCCAUGACACUAGUGCUACGUUCGUUGCUGUUGGAGGAGACACCCUCACCCUACAGCUGGGAGGGAAAUGCACGGCGUCCCCGAAGUCAGAGAGCGGGGACCUGGCCCCGGGCGAGACGUGCAUCGACGACCCCCUUCCACCACCCGUGACCAUCACCCAUUUUUCCCCGCCGAAUGCCUCCCCGCGUGUCAGCCCCUCGCAGGCCCAGUCUCAAGCCAAGCUCACGAACCACCUGAUUAGCAGCCUCUUCGCUGCUUCCCUCAACAGCCAUAACCCGUUCGUACCCUCGCUGAGCGAGAAGAACCCGUUCCGAUCGCAUUCCCCCGCCCCCGCUUCGACCGUGAACCCUUUCCUCGACUCGGGAGAGAACAAUCAUGCCUCCACCCCCACUUCCUCAGUUUUCACGCUUGCUUCGGGAAGCCUGUCGAGCCCGUCUGCUGUCCAGAAUCCAGACUCCAAUGUAGCAAUUGCCCAGAAAGAGACAAGUUUUGGUGGCAGCAGUACAAUCGCCACCAUGGCAUCCUCCGAUGGGAUGGAGAAUCAUUCCGCUUCCCCGGCUUCGUCGUCCUCUUCGUCCCAGGUGAACGGCACGAGCAUCGGCACUUCCAGCCCUCCGAUGGCAUCGUCCUCGAUUUCACCGUGGCACGUCGGGGAGCCGCAGGUCACCGCCCGACGGACCAUCAUCACCGAACUGUGACCUCUGCAUCCGCAUUUGAAAUCUGCCUUUGUUUUUUUUUUUCCCUUCUCCGUCAUUCCUAUUUCUGGGAACGUGAUAUUGGCAACUUGUUGUAAUAUGCAGCUGAUGAUAUGUCGAUAGGAGGAGCAGCUGGGGGCACGGAAAUUAGAAUCCGUCCUGUAACCCAUGUGCCUUCUGUAGUGGAUUUUCCUUUUCCCUUUAAUGUUGACUUCCGCAAUCAAAACUCACCUUUUAUUGACAGAUAGUUGUUGCAGAAUGUAUUCUACAUGUAUUUUACAUGUAUCAUGCUGCUUUUUUAUUAUCAGUAUGGAAUCUCAUUCCCUCAUGCUGUAUGAUUUGCAGGUCUUCACGGAGUGCGUCUGCUUGUGGGUCGUAAUUUUAUUAUUCCCAGGCGCGUUUGCUUCGCGUGUUUGAUUCGAGUAUCUAAUUAUUUUGGAUGUAGAGGUGCUAAUUAUAUAAUUAUUAUGUAAUAUCGUUAGUGGCCAUGUUACAGAUGAAAAAUGGUCUCUUGCCUUGCUCUAUGUGCUCUGUGAUGUAUAUAUAUAUAUGGACUCCAAAGGCCCAGCUCAUUCCGAUGCUAAGACGAAUGCUCCUCGAGAAAAAGAUGCCUUUCAUGCGAAAGUAUUUCCGCGAGACUGUCUGUGCCUUGGAUCAAAAACUCCCUCAAAUAUUUUGUGCCAUGCGUCUUCGAUUUGAUCGAUGUCAAAACUCACGAAUGCCAACGCGAUGAGCAACUUUGGGCAGCUGAUGGGAAGUCUUUGACGAGCAGAAGCUCGACGACUUGUACAGUUCUGUGUGCCAAAGGUGAGACAUUCCACAGACCUGUAUGUGAGAAAAGUGACAGCUGGGAUAUUUUGCAUCUUCCCAAUUUUUGAGUUUUUUUGUAUUUGAGACAAUAAGAAAUGGAUGCCUUUUUAUAUUUUGACUCGCGGUCGACGAUGUCGCAACGUCGACUCGCCUGAGUCCACACCUCACGAUGCAGUGAUGAGUAUCGAUUGGCCUGAGUCCGUCCCAAAUCAUUCCUUCACUUUGUUGGAUAAAUCAGAGUGAGAAUCAAUAAAUAAAGCCUGUUCCUCUUUUA